UCAACAAAUCCCUAACUCAACAAAUCGUGUUUGAAUUGUUCACCGGCACAGAGGUUAAAUCAUCAUCAGUAUCAACAACGGUUAAAUCAGUAUCUUCGAGUUGCUUCAGCCAAGAAUCUUCUCCGCCUACCGGUUGUAUCUGUGUUGGCACAAACUCCUUCGGCUCCAGUAAGUCAACCCUGAACGGAGAACUCAAGAACCAUCCUGUUACCGGCACAGUCAUCGUUUCUUUUGCAAUCAGAUUACUCCGUGUUAAGUCUCCGCCUACCGGUUGUAUCUGUGUUGGCACAAACUCCUUCGGCUCCAGUAAGUCCACCCUGAACGGAGAACUCAAGAACCAUCCUGUUACCAGCACAGUCAUCGUUUCUUUUGCAAUCAGAUUACUCCGUGUUAAGUCUCCGCCUACCGGUUGUAUCUGUGUUGGCACAAACUCCUUCGGCUCCAGUAAGUCCACCCUGAACGGAGAACUCAAGAACCAUCCUGUUACCAGCACAGUCAUCGAAAUGGAAAACCGAGCAGUUGAAAUUCGAUAUGAAUACAAUUCCGAGAAUUUCCGCGGGACUAUCUAUUCACCUUAUAAUCCUAUGAGAGUCGACCAAGCCUCUACGUCGGAAAGCAUGACUGAUGAUUAUCACUAUCAUUUAUUUAGACUAACACAUAAAAAUUUGUUAAGAUGCCAACUAAUAAAUGUUGCUGGUAAACAAAUUAUCUAUGAUGAUUUUGACUUGACAUUUACUGAUUGGGUAGAAAAUUUAGAUGAAAACAGUCAGCCUGUUAUGAAAUUUUCAUACGGUUCUUCUUUAGAGACUACUUACAUUCCCGAUAGCUUCAAGUUAGUUAUAAGGUCCCUAGUCAAAGUUAUUGUUUUCUUUCACCGAAAGGGUUUGUGUACCACUGGAUUCGAUACUUCUAAUUUAGUUUUUCAAGACCUAACCAAUCCUGGGUUAAGAAUCUGGAGAAUCAAAUUUAUGAAUGCUUCACCAAAGGCCAUCAGUAACGAUUACUUAUGCAUAUAUCGUAUUAUAGAGAUUCUCUUAAACAGAGGAUUAGAAUUGCCUAAUGAUAUGGCGGAUCUUCUUCGUAUUCUUCAUAAUGGUCGACAAAGCGGGCUAAUUACACAUCAUGUGGCACUUUUAACUCAUGACGAGAGAGGACAUUUCGUUCGAAAAUGUUCUGAAUGCAGUGUUGGACAUAGGGGAUUUAUAGGUUUAUUUGAGCAGGCUGUUAUCAAUUUAGGCCCGCAAAAUGGUUGGAAGGCUAAAAUAACUAGUCAACAUGGUCCGGUUUUUUCAAUUAUCAAUUAUAAUCAAAAUUUACAAGGAGGAGCAUAUGUGGAUACUGGCCGCAUUUUAACAGUUAACAAGUCAAUGUUCAGAUGCUGCAGAAACUUAUCAGCUCAUCUUCAUGAACAAAGCGAUCUUGUUAAUUCUCAUAUUGGAGUUAGGGAAGCUGAUCUAAUGAUCAUGCACAUAUUUGGACGCCAAAUUACAAAAUUUCAGAAACGCUUAUAUGACUGCAACAUACUGUCUCACUUUUUACUGUUAAAAGAGGAACUUUAAAGUAAUGGAGUCCUUGAUGGAGAAGAAUGAAGGUGUGACUUUGUUGAAAAAUUCAGCUAUGAUUGCUCUUGCAUUUGUUACAAAUUACAAUUCAUACUUACUCAAUGGUCAUUGCAUUAAUGGGUAUGCUGAAGGGAAUAAAGUGGACCAAAGUUUUGCCACCAUAGUUCAUCUUGUUGCAGGAUUGGUGACACUGGAGAAUUCAGCAUCUGGGGGUUGCAUUGUUGGCAUUCCUCUUCUCUAUUUUAUCGCAGUCUUGACAUUGUUGCAUUGUGGGAAAAUGGUGCGGAGAAGAUUAACAGAAAACAGAAGAGCACAAGGCAGCUCAUAGUCGGCUCAAUGUUGUAAAUGUAAAAACCAGAGGAUCAAAGACCGGGAAAUACUUUUGCAGAUGAAACAGAUCAUUUGUAACUCUGUACAUCUCGUAUUUGAGAUUUGCAUCUAAAAUCUUCUCAGGUGUUUCUGUGCAGCUUGCAAUCCUACAAUGAAUAUGUUUUGCAGGCAGUAACUACUAAAUCCUGAAUUGAGCUCAAUGAUAGUUCUUAGCAAAUAAGACAUUCAAAGUAGAGAAGCCUUAGGAUUUGCUCUCUCAUGUUUAGACUCCUAACAGUUUAUAUAGUUAAGACCUGCAAAAAAACUGCAUUUCUCAUAAUGAACUGAUUGCAAUCACUAAAAAUUUGUUUGUUCCUGUAAAAUAGUUUAAGUGAUUUUAUUUGAA